AUGUUUCCGACAAAACCUGCCCGAGCGCUCCGCAACCUCUUCGCGGGCUAUCACGAACCAGCCGGGUUGUCGAAGCAACAGACUCAAAAGCUCCUGGAUGGCCUCAAGGCGUCCUUUCGACGGCACCUCGACCGCGAAUACGGCCGAAUUGGCUUCGAGCGCGCCGCAGUCGUAGCCAAGGUCACGGAUCCCGACGACGCUGUUCGACAUUCGGCCGCAACGAGACAUCUAAGGUCCAUUCUCUCCAACCCGCUCUUCAGCUACAGCCAGCGCGCCGGCUCCCCCUCGCAAGCCGAAAAGCUCCACGCGACCAGGCGAGAUCCCAUGGACGUGUUCGACCACGCCGUAGCCAAGGGGAUGAUGACGCUCACAGCCGCCACGGGAUGCAUGGUGGCCAAGCGACAAUUGCUCUCCGCAUCCGACGCCCCCCAAGACCUGUCUUCCUCGCAGACGGCACUACGCGUCGUGCGGUGGCUCAGAUCGUCCGGCGCCGAGUCGAAACUCUCGUUCCUCCACAACUUGUCCUUUGUCCGAGCCCUGACGCCAUUGCUCGUCGCAGAAGGUCUGGAAAGCAUCGCGUGGGAAUGGAUAACCCGGGCCGUCGGCGACGCAAGCCUCUGCUGGGAGACAGGCGCACGGGUCAAUCACGCCGCCUUCUUACUCGCCCAGAUUGUCCGCACCAAGAGUCAGCCGCAACACGGGAACCUAGACGCAGCCAUCACGGCCAUCUUGGACGCCGAACGGCUCUACAGGAGCAGCCCUCUCCUGCCGCAAAUACUCGUCCUGCCCUGGCGCUCAGUAUCUUGGCUCUCUACCGUCGAGUCAUACACCCGGGACGCCCCUUCGGAGAGGCUGUUUGACGCGCACUUGGCCGCCGCCGAGCUGCUCCCCACGCCUGUCGAGAUCGAAAAGGCGCACCUCCACCUCCAUCACCCGACGCAUCCGGACCACGCGCCGGCCCUGCGUCUGUUCGGCGACAGGAAAAAGGUCCGGAAGCUAGUGGCGAGGCUGAACCCCGACAGGAUUCAAUGGAGCAGCAUCAGAGGCAUGGGCACCCUACCGUGGCUUGCGUUCCUGGGCCACGACACGGUCAAUCACUUGACGCGGUCGGGGCGGAAGCGAGAAGCAGACAGCCUGACCGAGCUUCUGCGGUCAGCAUUGGCCAUCGUACCGCAAGAUUCGUUGAGCCCGACCUGA